UCGACGUUUUAACUUUUUUUUUUAGUUUUUUAGAUCUCUUUUACGCUUUCAAGAAUGCUUCGAUCAAAGGCCUUUGUUAAACGUACCCGUAAAGGAAAUGUUGUAAAAGUUGUUAAAGAACAUUACUUGAGAGACGAUAUUCCUUGUUCUUCUCCUAUUUGUAAACAUUGUACACAUAAUUCAGCACCCGUUUUAUCCGCAGAACCUAGAUCUACCAGCACACUCAAACCCCAUUAUCUUAUCCCUGACACCAAUGUAUUUAUUAGUCAGCUCGAUAUUAUGGAACACCCCGCCAUUAAGGACGUUAUUGUUUUACAAACUGUCAGAGAAGAAAUUCGUCAUUUAAGUCUUCCCGUUUAUAACAGACUUAACGCUAUUUUGGCUGAUAAGACCAAGCGUUUCUACAUGUUUGCCAAUGAACAUCAACGUGAUACCUUUAUUGAAAAAUUAAAGGAUGAAACACCUAAUGAUAGAAACGACAGAGCCAUCCGUGUGUCAUCAAAAUGGUAUAAGGAUCAUUUAAAGACAAAUGGUUCAGGUGAAGAUAUCGAGAUUGUUUUAUUGACAGACGAUCGUGGAAAUAGAGAAAAGGCCAAUGCCACUGGUAUUAAAAGCAGCGAUGUUGCAUCAUACGUCGAAAGCAUUAAGGAUGUUCCAGAAUUACUCGAUAUGUUAUCUGCACCUAAGGCUGCAGCUGGUGACAAGAUCGUCUAUGAAGAGCAUUUAAGUCCCGCUCAAAUCCAAAAUGGUAUCAAGAAGGGUAACCUCAUCCAGGCUCCCUUCAACAUUAGUAUGCACAACGUUCUCGAGGCCACUGUUGUAGGUGAAGUUGAGGGAGAAGUGAAGACCGUUUAUAUUUUAGGUCGUAAAAAUUUCAAUCGUUGUAUUCAAGGUGAUAUUGUCGCUGUUGAAUUAUUACCCAAGAGUGAAUGGAAGCGUGGAGCAUCAGUAGCUAUGGAAGAUGAUGAAGAUGAGGAAAAGAUGUUUGGUGAAGAAGAGAUGGAUGAAAUCAACAAAAAGAACGCCGCUAUGUCUGAACAAGAUGGUGAGGCUGAACCCACUGGUAAAGUUGUUGGUAUCAUCAGAAAGAAGUGGAGACCUUACUGUGGUUUCAUUGUGAAGAACACUGCUCCUUCUCAAAAAGAUGCUCAAACAGCAACCAAUGUCAUUUUCCGUGCCAUCGAUCGUCGUAUCCCACCCAUCAGAAUUAGAACUGCUCAAGCUAGUACCUUGCUCGGUAAUCGUAUCGUUGUUGCAAUUGAUAGCUGGCCCGUCACUUCCGGUAUUCCUAUGGGUCAUUUCGUCAAGACUUUAGGUUCAUCUGGUGACAGAGAAACUGAGACUGAAGUUUUGCUAUUGGAACACGAUGUGCCUUAUCAGGAGUUCUCCAAACGAGUCCUUGAAGAUCUUCCUAUUGAAGGUGAACGCUGGGUCGUCCUUGAUAAGCAUUUAAACAAUGAAAACAGACAAGAUUUCAGAGAUUUGAACGUCUGCAGUAUUGAUCCUCCAGGAUGUACUGAUAUUGAUGAUGCCCUUCAUGUCCGUACUCUUUCCAAUGGUAACUACGAGAUUGGUGUUCAUAUUGCCGAUGUUACUUACUUUGUCAAGUACGGUAUGCCUAUGGACACUGAGGCCGCUGCGCGUGGUACUUCAGUCUAUCUCGUUGAUAAGCGUAUUGAUAUGUUGCCUUCUCUUUUGGGUACCAAUCUCUGUUCUUUAAGAUCAAAUGUUGAACGUUUAGCCUUCUCUUGUAUUUGGGAAAUGAAUGAGGACGCUGAGAUUGUUAACGUGAAGUUUACCAAGAGUGUUAUCAAGUCCAAGUUUUCCUUUACCUACGAGGAAGCACAAACACGUAUUGACGAUGAACGUAUGCAAGAUGAUGUGACUAAGGGUAUUCGUGUCCUGAACAAGUUUGCCAAAAUCCUUCGCCAAAAGCGUAUGGAAGCUGGUGCCUUGACUUUAUCAUCACCCGAAGUUCGUUUCAACCUUGAGAAUGAUUCCCAAGAUCCUGUUGAUGUUGAAAUGAAAGAAUUAAAGGAAACAAAUGCUCUUGUUGAAGAAUUCAUGUUGUUGGCAAAUAUCUCGGUCGCUAAAAUGAUCUACUCCAAAUUCCCUAGCUCUGCAAUGCUUCGUAAGCAUGCUGCUCCUCCUACAAACAAUUUUGAUCAACUCCGCAAAACUCUUGCCGAAAAGGGGUUCACCUUGGAAACCGAAAACUCCAAGGCUUUGGCUGAUUCACUUGACAGAGCUGUGUUACCUGAUGAUCCUUAUUUCAACAAAUUGGUUCGUAUCAUGACUACACGUUGUAUGAUGCAAGCCCAAUAUUUCUGUUCUGGUACUGAGCCUGAAUCUGACUUCAUGCAUUAUGGUUUAGCCAGUCCCAUUUAUACUCAUUUCACAUCGCCCAUCCGUCGUUAUGCGGAUGUUGUUGUUCAUCGUUUAUUACAGGCUUGUAUCGAAGCCGAUCUUUCUUACGGUGAAGAGCUUACAGAUAUGACCAAGAUGAAGGAGUUAUGUGAUAAUCUUAAUUUCCGUAACAGAAUGGCACAACAAGCCAGUCGUAGUUCAGUUGAAUUAUUUACAAGUCUUUAUUUCAAGAACAAGAUCGAAGUGGAGGAAGGUCGUAUUCUUCGUGUUUUAAAGAACGGUAUCAUUGUGCUCGUGCCCAAAUAUGGUAUUGAAUCCAUUGUUUAUACCAGCGAAAAGGCUGGAGGACCAUCACCCUUCACAUACGACGAUGACGAUAAGAGUUUGGUUGCUGGUGAUAUCAAGUUAAAGACAUUUGAUAGUGUCAAGGUUGAAAUCACGGUUGAAGGUGACGAGCAUGGUAUGCGUCAAAAGAUGAACAUGAGCUUGGUUGAGCCAUUUGUUGAAGGUAUCAGUGUGGUACCUACUGUUAAGAAGAGAGUGAUUGAAGAGGAUGAACCAAAAUCUGAUAAAAAAGCCAAAAAAACUAAAAAAUAAGCACUGUUACAUUUGAAAGAUAUAAUAUUUAUUCUGAAUAAUCUGUUUUAAUAAAAAAAAAA